AUGACUUUUGACGACAAUCAUCUUCGUGUGUUACUGCAUGGCACGACGCUCUUGGUCAUUCUUCGCUUGUUGGCUAUCAAAGAGCCACCGCUGUUGAGUUCCUGGCACGAUGUACUGUGUGGUGCUCUGGCUGGUGAUGCAGCUCAUGAAAUGAUUGCUCAGGUGAUGCUGACGCACGAUGCAUUUCUAUUUCAGAGUUUGUUUCGAGCACACCGAGUCCUGUGUGAUAUGUGGGAUCGAUGGUUUGCCAAAGCACGUGUUAUGCCCCCAGUCGUCAUCGCAACUUUGGAACGCUUUCGACAACGUGAAAGUCCGCAGCAAGACGUCGGAUUGCCUCAGGAAGUUUAUCAUGCACUUGAUAUGGUGUCUGCUGCACAGCGAAGCCCGGCUCUUCAGACCAAUGUCCAAGAGUGUUCCUUAGUAGAUCUGGAACGAUUUCAACCCAGUCUUUGGAGAAUGGCUGCGGCGGGACAGGCCUCCGAGUGGAAACCGCCGGGGAGUCAUUCCAGAUCUCUCUGGGGUGCUGGUGUGCUGCGUCCGCAGGCUGGCGUUGAAAUUGAUAUGCCGCUCCCGGACAUUGGCCAGACUGAAUUUGACAUGGUCUUGAUGUUUUGGAACAUGUGGCAACAUGUUUCUCGUUUAUAG